AUGGAUCUCACUGCGGCCGAAACAAGUCAAAUGUACCAGAUCCGGAUCCUAUCUGACAAUCAAUUGAAUGUUUCGUAUGUAAGUUUACUUAGUAGUGCGCGUUGGGGCCUAUAUCUCGCUGAUAAACCGAUACAGACAACUCGAAAUUCUCUAGAAAUGAGACUGAUCAGAAAUUUUAAUAGUCAAAAUACAGCACAGUCAAUAAAACUUUUUGAUCAACAACCACAUCAACAAUCAGGAGCAGUUGUUGUAACAACAGCUGUUCGUCAAUACUCUCAGCAAAUAAUAAAACGUGGUAAACAACAAAAAUAUUCCACCACCUAUAUCUCAAGUAGAUACGACAUUGAAGAAUGGUGUCAGCGGAAAGUAGAACAAAAAAUUGAAAAAUUAGAUAAAGAAAAGCGUCAACGAUUAGAUAAUUUACACGAGGACUUAAAUAAAUGCAAAGAAGAUAUAAUAAAAAGUUCAGAACAUAAAUUGGGGGCUUUGAAUCACCGAGUACAACAAACAAAAUUGUUUAUUUUUCAACAAGCUCUAGAAGCAGCUAAUAUUAAAAUGAAUAAAUUACACAAAGAAGUACAAGAUGUUUCAGUUGAUGAUCGACUACAUCAAAUGCAGAGUACAGUUGAUACAAAUAUAAAAACUAAUAGUAAAACAUCUGGAUGA